CUCCAUUCUACCACAGAUAUCCAAAAGACAAAACAAGAAACAGACGAACCCAUCCACAUACCUAAUCUUCCCGCAAUCCCACAGGUCUUUUCUGAGAGAUCAACCAACCCAACCCGAUUACAACAACCCUGUCUGUCGUAUCUUCCCCCUCGCAACCCCACCAAGGUGGGAUAAUCCAGAAGAGGGAGGCGGGUGGUGGAAACCCUGAUCCGAUCCGAUCCCAAAGAGACAAAGAGAGAAAACAGCGGGGUAGCCCAGGACAGAAGAGAAGCACAGAUCAUUCAGGACGAGAAAGCGGGGUAGGGGAGGUCAACUGUCCCAAGCACCACGACGAAGAUAGAACCAAGAAGAAAAGAGAGACGACGAAGAGAGACCAGAGAGCAGACAAAGGAGAAGAAGGAAGAGAGAGGAGGAAAAAAACAUUAGAGAGCAAACCAACUCGACUGAUCCCAUAUCGACAAAAAGUGAUGGCAUCAACAUCCACCCGCGGCGAAUUCGAACGCCAGCGCGCCGAGCUAAUUCGCGAGAUCGCAGAGAGCUUCGAGCACGUCCUAGCCGGCAUAAACAAACUAAACCGCAACCUAGAGGCGGUCAUCACAGUAGGCAACGAGUUCUCCUCCGUCGAGGCCCUGUGGAGCACGUUCGAGAACGUCAUGGGCCAGGAGGAGUCGAGGGGGGAGAACAAUCACAGCGGAGGCGGGGCCGCGGCGGCAGAGGGGGCCAACGAGGAGGCAGAGGAGGAAGAGGAGCAACAACAGCAGCAGGGGGGAAGGAGGGGCAACAAGCCUGCAGGGGAGGAGGAGCAAGAUGCAGAUGGGGAGGAAGAGGGGCAUGAAGGCGGGGACCUGUGAGGAGUGAGCGGGUGAGGGAGGUAUUGGAGACGGACGAUCGCCGAUGAGAACAAGAAACGUCGACCGCCUUGAUAGAGAGGAGAUAGAUGCACUUGGCUUGGAGGUGGAAAAAUAACCAUGAUACCCAAUAUACCUACUGCCUCUACGCUGAUGGCCCUUACCC